AUGACAAACCUGGCGGGCUUUUCUUCCAAAUUCCAAUAAAAAUACCUAACCCGGUUUUUGGUUUAAUUUCGGUUCAAUUGUCGGUCUGAGAUUGAAAACCCGGUUCAGGUUUUGGAGAUUUUGACUGGGGUUUAGAACGAAAGUACACCUCUCUGCUGCUUUUUUCGAGAAGCUCUGACGAAGAAGAUGGGUGAAGAAGAAGCAGUAGCCGAAGAAAAUGGUGGACUUAAGGUAGAAUCAGGAGAACAAAACUCAUCCUGGCCUACUAUGAGAUUUGAUGUCUCUCCUUAUAGAACGCACCAUUUCUCUAAGCAGUUCAGGACCGCUCGAAACCCUAAUAAUUUCCUCAAGGGUCUUAAAUGGUCACCUGAUGGUUCAUGUUUCCUUGCAAGCUCUGAGGAUAAUACACUUAGUCUGUUUCAUCUGCCACAAGAUGGAGGGGAUUCUAAUGGCUAUGGAGUGCCAGUCCCUGAAGAAGAUUCGUAUGGUGCGAGUCUUCUUGUGAAUGAGGGUGAAUCUGUCUAUGAUUUCUGUUGGUAUCCUUACAUGUCAGUCUCAGACCCUUUAACAUGUGUCUUUGCUACGUCCACUAGAGACCAUCCGAUACAUCUUUGGGAUAGUACUUCUGGUGAGCUUCGGUGCACGUACCGAGCCUAUGAUGCUAUGGAUGAAAUAACUGCUGCAUUUUCUGUUGGAUUUAAUCCUGAUGGAACCAAGAUCUUUGCUGGUUACAACAGCUUCAUCAGAGUGUUUGAUCUUCAUCGUCCUGGAAGAGAUUUUGGGCAAUAUUCAACUCUACAGAAAAACAAAGAGGGCCAAGCAGGUAUAUUAUCUACUCUUGCUUUCUCCCCAACUAAUUCUGGAAUGUUGGCUGUGGGAUCUUACGGGCAGACUACUGGGAUUUACAGAGAAGAUAACAUGGAGCUAUUGUAUGUUUUACAUGGUCAAGAAGGCGGUGUUACGCAUGUCCAGUUUUCAAAGGAUGGGAACUAUUUAUAUACAGGAGGUCGCAAGGAUCCUUACAUUCUUUGCUGGGAUAUUCGGAAAUCUGUUGAGAUAGUCUAUAAAUUGUACAGAGCAACUGAGAACACAAACCAGCGUGUAUUCUUUGAUAUUGAGCCAUGUGGUCGACAUUUAGCUACUGGUGGUCAGGAUGGACUCGUUCACAUGUACGAUUUACAAACCGGAAACUGGGUUUCUGGAUAUCAAGCUGCUUCAGAUACCGUGAAUGCUUUCUCUUUCCACCCAUACCUUCCAAUGGCUGCUACAUCCUCUGGUCACAGACGUUUUGCAAUUCCUGAUGAUGACGAUGAAGAUAAGAACGAUCUUCAAUUAAAAGCUGAUGAGAACUGUGUAUCUCUCUGGAGUUUCUACGUUACGUCCGAAGAGAACAACACUUAUGAUGAAGACAAUGGCGAAACAAGCAAGUCUCAUCUCCAAAAUGUCACAGGAGGAGACGAAAUAGCCUUAACAUAAAUUUAAGUUUAAAAGGAAUCAAAACAGUAUUAGUCUUAUCCAAAAAGAAAUGGCAUAUUCUUAUCUUUUUGUGCCUUUUUAAACAAAAACAAAAAACAAAUUCCCAUACUUA